AUGGUUACGACUACUUCUUCAUCGAUGGCGGAGGCGGAGGUCCCGAAUCCUUAUUGCGGGCCCUGGGAAUCGGCUCGCUGCCGAAUACGACUUAUUACGACAUAGAUAAUGGCUUAAUAUCGAACAAUACACUAUUAGCACAAAAUUUAUCGAUACAAAAUGGCAGUUUUAUCGCAGAAACACCAAAUGAUGGCAGCCAGCCGCUUGCCGAAGUUAUUGUGAUGACAGUCACUUCUGUCGUAUUAGGUCUUAUGAUAUUGAUCACUGUUAUUGGAAAUGUGUUUGUUAUAGCAGCUAUUAUUCUAGAACGAAAUCUGCAGAAUGUGGCAAAUUAUCUAGUGGCCUCGUUAGCGGUGGCAGAUCUUAUGGUUGCAUGUUUAGUAAUGCCCCUUGGUGCUGUUUAUGAG